ACCCUCUUCUCCGCCCUCCGCUCGCUAUACAUACACAUAUCCCAGAAUGCAGCCGACAAGGGCACCGUCGCCCCGCGCGCGUUCAUAGACAAGCUAAAAGAACUUAAUGAAGCGUUCAGGAACACCAUGCAUCAGGAUGCCCACGAGUUCCUUAAUUAUCUGCUCAACCGCAUCGUCGAGGAGAUCGAGGAGGAGAAAAAGAACUUGCAUGCGAACGGGAACGGGGGCGACAACGGCUCCACAUUCAUACACCAAAUAUUCGAGGGCAUUCUUACGAGCGAGACGCGGUGUCUGACGUGUGAGAAGGUCUCAGCGCGCGACGAAUCGUUUCUCGAUCUAUCAAUAGACAUAGAGGCUAACUCGAGCGUAACGGCAUGUCUUCGGCAGUUCAGCGCGAGCGAGAUGCUCUGUCAGCGGAACAAGUUCUUCUGCGAUGGGUGCUGCGAUUACCAGGAGGCGGAGAAGAGGAUGAAGAUCAAGCGCCUCCCCAAUGUCCUCGCACUUCAUCUCAAGCGCUUCAAGUAUCAGGAAGAAGUGCAGAAGUAUAUCAAGCUAGCUUACCGGGUCGCCUUCCCGUUCGAGCUGCGCCUCUUCAACACCGUCGAUGACGCAGAGAACCCGGAUCGGAUGUACGAGCUCUUCGCGAUUGUAGUCCAUAUCGGCAGCGGCCCGAACCACGGGCACUACGUCAGCAUCAUUAAGACGAUGGGCAUAUGGCUCAUCUUCGAUGACGAAACGGUGGACACGAUCAAGGAGAACGACAUCCACAGGUAUUUCGGGGAGUCGAAUGCCGGCUCGGCCUAUGUGCUCUAUUACCAGGCGGUC